AUGCUAAGUGGUUGUCUAUUUUGUGAUUCUUGUGGAUCUUAUGAUCAUGAUUCUUCCAUGUGUUCUCAAACUUUUGUUGAUGGAUGUGAUGAUGUUGAAAUUAAUGAAUGUGAACAUGUGAACUUUGUGUCUAAUGUCAAUGGUGGUAAAAGAUUUGAUGGACCUAAGAACUUUAUUAAUAGGAAUUCUCACCCCCAAGGUGGUUUCGAUAACUACAACAAUGGAGGCUAUAGGAACCAAGGAAACCAAGGUUUUCGAGGUAACUAUAACAACCAAGGCUAUAGUAAUCAAAACCCGACCCGUGGGAGUGGGAGAGUUCUUAAUGAGGGAGCUUCUAGGUCUAUUGAUGAGGAUGAGGAGAGGAGUGAUCCAAGAGAGGAAGUUGAGAAGGUUGAGUCUAGGAGUGUGAGUUAUGAGGAGGAAGUUCACCUUUCUAUCCCCUUCACCGAUGCAAUUACCCAAAUGCCUAGAUACUCUAAGUUCCUUAAGGAGAUUUUGAGUGGGAAGAGAAUGUGCAAUGAAGUUGAUUCGGUUGAAGUUGGGAAUUGUUAUAGUGCUUUCAUUCAUAAUGAGAUGCCCAAGAAAAUGGAGGAUCCGGGAAACUUCUCUAUUCCAUGUGAGAUCAAAAGGAAAAUGUUUAAUAAUUCUUUUUGUGAUCUUGGAGCUACUGUGAGCGUCAUGCCUUAUUCCAUUUUCAAGAAACUCGAGCUAGGUGAGCUACUCCCAUCUAACAUAACCCUUCAAUUGGCCGAUCGGACUAUUAUGAUUCCAAAGGGGAGAGUUGAGGAUGUUCCUCUUAAGAUAGGAGGGUUCACUAUUCCCAUUGAUUUCAUUGUGCUUGAGAUUGUGGAAGAUGACCAUAUCCUUAUCAUUUUUGGAAGACCUUUCUUAGCCACUUCGGGAGCCUUAAUUGAUGUGAAAGGAGGUCAUAUUACCCUGAGAAUUGGUAAGAAAUAG